UGGGGAAAGGAAAGAAAGGUAAUGGUUGGAGAGCCAUCACGAUGAGAGGGGAGGGCGUGCUGUUGUCGUGGCGGCCCAUUCCUGGCCUGUGCGAUGACGAGUCGGCGGAAAUUUAUCGAUGGAACAGGGCAAGGAGGAGGAAGACGAUAGUUUCUCUUGGAGGAGCGUCAUUCUUUGCCUCAGUUUCACUUGCGCCGGCUGGUAACAACAACAGCGAUGACAAGAUCCAGGAGACGUUCCCCCGGGCGGAGCAGCUCAUAAAGCAUCCCCUGGCUUUGCUAGCACUGUUCCCCAAGGAUCUCGCCCUCUUCUCCGCAGGGGCUAUCGCCGGGGCCCUUUCCAAGACCCUCACCGCCCCUCUCGAUCGCGUCAAGCUCCUCAUGCAGACUCAUGGGUUGCGAGCUAGCGGCAGCAAGGGUAUUGGCUUACUCGAGGCCAUCACUUUAAUACAUAAGGAGGAGGGUAUCAAAGGGUACUGGAAAGGUAACCUCCCCCAGGUUAUACGCAUAAUCCCAUAUAGUGCUGUGCAACUUUUUGCUUAUGAAAUUUACAAGAAAAUUCUUAGCAAUGAGGAUGGUGAUCUCUCUGUUAUUGGGAGACUUAUUGCAGGGGCAUGUGCUGGGAUGACGUCAACUUUUGUGACAUAUCCUCUGGAUGUCCUGAGACUAAGACUAGCUGUUGAACCUGGAUGCAGGACUUUGUCUCAGGUUGCAUUUAAUAUGCUCAGGGAAGAAGGAAUUGCAUCUUUUUAUUGUGGUCUUGGACCUUCUCUUAUUGGAAUUGCACCUUACAUCGCUGUGAACUUUUGCAUUUUUGAUCUGAUGAAGAAAUCAUUGCCCGAGAAAUACCAAAAGAGGCCAGAGACAUCACUUGCUACUGCUCUGGUUUCUGCAACAGUUGCUACGCUUAUGUGUUAUCCUCUGGACACUGUGAGAAGACAGAUGCAAAUGAAAGGAUCACCAUUCAAUAGCGUUUUUGAUGCGCUUCCAGGAAUCGUGGAGCGGGAUGGCUUCCUUGGAUUAUACAGGGGGUUUGUGCCAAAUGCCCUCAAAAGUCUUCCAAGCAGCAGUAUUAGGUUGACUGCCUUUGAUACCGUAAAAGGUUUAAUUACUGCUAGCCAGAAAGAACUGGAAAGAAUUAUGGAGGAGAACCAACUGAGCUAAUCUGUUUCUUUUCUUGAAAGCAAAUGUUUUAUUGAUCAUGUUUAAAGCAAUGUUCCGUCGAGAAACAUGGUCUUUUUUGUGGUUGGUGGGAUGACUAAUAUUUGCUGACGUAAGGAGUCCACAAGAUUGAUUUGGGUGCCCCAUUUUUUUUAUCCCCAGAAUUUCUUGAUCUAGUGUACAUUUUGGGGAGAGCAGCCUGUUGAAGUUUGAAGAAUUUGAUUCUUUAUUAACUGAUCAAAACAAGUUUUUUUUUUUUAUUAUUUAACA